AUGGCCGCGUUCCGUUUAGCUUUUUCCUUAAACUUGAUUCAGCCAUUUUACAUGUAAACAGUAUUUCUGAGAGAUAUUUCGUUUUGUCUUUACAUUUUUAAAAUGUAUUUUAUACACAAAAUAAAGCUAGCCCAUUUGAAUCGGUGUUUUGUUUUAACCAUUACUGCAAGAUCCAUUUCCGGACAUGAAGUCACAACAUUCUCUCCCAGCGUGAUUCAUGUGGUCCUAAAGGAAGCAAGCUAGGUGCAGCCUGUCCGAAUAAGACACAACAACCUAUUUCGUAGUUUUAAGUGAUAUAGAGACAUGCCCGAUUCGGCAGCAAUCGGUUCGAGGGUUUCGGACCCUCAACAUUCCCAGAAACUCCUCCGGGUCCUUCGCACCUUCUGGCUCGAGCAAAGCUUCCACGACGCGCUGCUGGUGGUUGAUGGAGAGGAGCUGGCUGUCCAGAAGAACAUCCUGGCUGCUGCCAGCCCCUACGUCAGGACCAAGCUCAACUACAAUCCCCCAAAGGAAGAUGGGUCUACAUACAGAAUCGAGCUACAGGGGGUCUCCAUGGCCACGAUGAAGCAGAUCCUAGACUACAUCUUCAGUGGUGAUAUCACUUUGAGUGAGGAGACCAUUCAGGACAUGGUCCAGGCAUCCGACAUGCUCCUCAUGACCGACCUCAAGAACCUGUGCUGCCAGUUCUUGAAGAGCUGCAUCACCGCAGAAAACUGCAUCGGCAUCCGGCACUUCUCUUUGCAUUACUGCCUUUACCACGUCCACCACGCCGCCACUGAGUUCCUGCAGACACACUUUAGCGACGUGGCGCGUACCGAGGAGUUCAGGGAGUUGCCCCCAAGCCGGCUCUGUGAACUGCUGGCGAUGGAGAAGCUGAACGUGGGCAACGAGAAGCAUGUGCUCAACGCCGUGUUGCAGUGGUACGCACAUGACCCCCUGGAGCGCAAGGUCCACAUGACAGAGGUGAUGUCUGCAGUGUGGCUGCAGGGCCUGGACGUGAGCUACCUGAGGGAGCAGGCUGUGGGGGAGGCGCUGAUGAGGGAGGUGAUCAGAGAGUACUGUCAGCAGGUGCUGGCUGAUGGCCCGCUGCAGGGCGAGGCCAUGCUUGCCGCCUUCAAACCCCGAGGUUACUCAGAGUGUGUUGUCAUCGCCGGAGGGGAGGAUCGCAAAAGCAGGAAGCCCACUGCUGUAACGCGCUGCAUGUGUCCGCUCUAUGACGCCAACAGACAGGCCUGGAUCGAGCUGCAGCCAAUGAGCGUCGCUCGCAUCUGUCACGGAGUGGUAGCCGCGGAGGGUUUUCUGUUUGUGAUGGGCGGAGCAGAUGAACACAACAAAGUUCUGGACAGUGGAGAGAAAUAUGACCCCGACUCCAACAGCUGGAGUCCCAUCCCCCCGAUGCUACAGGCUCGUCAGAGCUUUGGUGUGGUGGAGCUGGAGGGUCUGAUCUACGUUCUCGGAGGAGAGAAUAAGGAAGCAGAGCUGAUCACCGUCGAAGUGUUUGACCCUCACUUCAGUACCUGGAAACCUCAGACCAGUAUGACCAUGAUCCGCAAGGUCGCCUGCUACGCCUCCAUGAACAAGAAGAUCUAUGCCAUAGGCGGAGGCUCCUACGGGAAGCUGUAUGACUCUGUGGAAUGCUUUGACCCAAAAAUCCAGCAGUGGACGGGCCUUUGUCCUCUGAAAGAGCGACGGUUUGGGUCGGUGGCAUGUGGCGUUGGCCAGGAGCUCUACGUGUUUGCCGGAGUUAGAAGCAAGGAGCAGGACAACCCUGAGCAAAGACAGAUGCUGACCUGCAAGUCUGAGUUCUACCAUGACGACAUGAGGAGGUGGAUGUUGCUGGAUGACCAGAACCUGUGCAUCCAGACCAGCUCGUCCUUUGUCUGCGGCGCCGUGCCCAUUGGAGCCAGCAUCUAUGUGUUGGGAGACCUGGACACCGGGACCAGCUUCGACUACAUCCGGGAGUUUCGCCGCAGCACUGGCACGUGGCAUCACACCAAGCCCAUGUUGCCCAGCGACCUCUCCAAAACGGCCUGCGCCGCCCUGCGCAUUGCCAACUGUCGACUGUUCCGCCUCCAGCUGAGCCAGGGCCUGUUCCGGAUCCGAGUGUGACUUUCUACCUGUUCUAGGUAUGGCUUUGGGGAUUUUAUCAACACUUAAGAGGUCUAGAUGCUAGACAACAAGACCAAACUUCAGUAUAUUUUUACGUUUAACGUGGUAUUUUUUUUCUUCUUUUAUUAAUUUUACUCAUUUGUAAUGUUUACUCGGAGUGUCUUGUUGCUUGGUGAGAGAUUUAUAACUUCUGGAUCUUUAACAUUUUAAAAACACUGCUGUGUGAAAAUAGCAUUUUAAGAUGUAAUGUGUAGAAUGAAAAGACAAAGACAACACUAUCAAUCAUCCUGAUAUCUUCAGCAGCUGCUGUGAAGGUCAAGGGUUGAACAUACUUAAGUUACAUAAAUCUUUAGUAGGAAAUGAGAUGUUGGAGCCAGUCUCCUGGAAGCAGAGUGAUGGGGUUAUUAAGUAAAUUAUGGAUUUUAUUAGUGGAGGUUAUUUGCUUGCGGGGAAGUUCUUAGUGUUACUAGCAAAGCAUUGUUUUCCUCUGGUUCGGUGCACCGGGUCUGCACGGCCUGUCUUUGCUAGCGUCUUUUACACGCAUUAUUGAGUUUUCAUCCCCAGGGCUGGAGUCGCACUUAUUCAAGCCUUCUUACCUUUACUUCUUGUUUGGAUUCCAGUGGAUGUGGUCAAAAUGGAGAUUAAUAUUAGUCUUAAUUCCUAUAGGAACUACAUCAUUGUAGUUCUCCUCAUUCAAUGGCAAAGCAAGAGCUCAAUGUCUACCAUGAAUCUGGUUUUCACCAAUAUUUACAUUUGAUGACCUAAUUGACUCUACCCCAACGCUCAUCGGCUGUUUAGUCAGAAGCAGCUCAGUGUGUCUAGUUCUACUCAAAGCGUCCUGCUGUGGAGAUUCCACUGAAACCAUCUGGUUGCAAAGCUAACUGCAGCCAGCGAGCUGUGGACGUCAUGCUGGACUCAGGACAUGAUGCAGAUUCCUGGAGGCCCCUCCCUCCCCCCACCACCACCACAGUGCACUGCUAGCUGGUUAAUUCAAAGUUUAUUAAUAUCAAUGUGUCGGUCAAAGCACUCCCUAAGGUCUCUAGCAUUACACCCACCUGAGGUCCAAGACAUUGAAGACCAAACUACAAGCUCCUGUAGUUGUGAUUAUGGUGUGUGCAUGCUAUGAAUGUCAGUUAAAGUCCUGUACAAUGUCCUCUUGUUCCUGUGUGAAUGGCUGAAUGAUGACAUGUAAUGUAAAAGCCCUUUGAGGAGUUGAAAAAUUAGAAGAGGGAAACGAACAGUCCAAUAAAAUGUACAUCAAAUGCACUUCACAAAGGGAUUGACCCAACUUAGGAUCUGUUUGUACAAUUUCCUGCUGAUUGGAGCGUCAGGUGGUGGGAUCAUUUGUGUUUUGUACUUAUAUUUGAAGGACUGACACCACGUGUUGGGAGUUUGUUCCUUGAGAGACCAAAAUAACACAGUGUGUAAGGUUCUUUAGUGCAACAAUUGUUCCUCGAAACAUCUGCUUCAUAGAUAUUACUUCACAUAUUGUGAAGUAAUCUGCGGAUGGAAAAUGGGUCCAUCUCUACACGUUAAUUCUUUAUUUUGGAGCAAGUGGCCCAGUCCUCUUCACAAAUAGAUGCUGCCUCCGCAACCUCUGACCUGCUUUCCACUCAGCAGUUUUGGCAUCCCUUGACCCCAUUUGUUCUAUGUGCAUUCCAGCUGCUGCUGUCCAUCCUCAGCUCAGCAGCAGCAGCACAGACGCACGCUGUGUGUUGAUACAGACAGGCAGACCUCUUGUUACAUCACAACGGCAGAACUCCUAAAACACAUUCUGUACCUGACCAAUCCAUGCUAAAACCAAAUAGUAUUUGAAAGGAAAAGGUUGCCUUUUAAAGUCGGUUAUAAAUAGUGUACUACCACCUAUAAUACCCAAGUCCUAGUUGAAUAUUGCUAGAAUGUUACAAAUCUAAACAUGGAUGAGCAGUUAAAUACUAAACUCCUCUUUUUAGUAAUUCAACUGAUAGAUGGCCCAAUCCCUCUCCUAAAGAAAAGACUCUCCUCAGUACUGCUAUUCACAUUCACAAUUUGAAUUAGAUUGUUUUGAUCAGAGUUGCGUAUUUUUCCAGAUUUGUUUUUGCAAAUUAUCUUGAGUUAAUGAUUUUAAAUGCAGUUUUUUGCACUUUGCGCACCACAAUCCACUUUAUUGGAGAUAAGGCAUAUGGCUGCAACACCAAUUUAGAUUGAUAAAAGUAUGUAUUUUGGAUUUGGGUGGGAACUGUCCCUUUUUUUUUCAAAUCCAACGUGCGGAAGAAAGCUUUUGCUAGUUACUGCUGUUCCUCCUGGUCUAGGGGAAGUUGAGCGCAGCAUACGUCAGGUCUCUCCCUCCCCCACGCCCCCACACUCCCAAGAAGAACCUGAUUGAACAUUGUGUUUAUUGAAGCUUACAACCACGCUUGAAGAGUGCGUCAGGGUGAGCCUGGCCCAAAACAAUAAACAAUGAUAUGCUAACAUACCUAACCAGAAGGAAAGAAAAUACCAGCAGUGUUUACCUCCCUGACUGAAAACGGGGUGUCUCCCCCCUACACUACCAGGACCCUUUCACAGAGGCAACCCGUACCAGUAAGCUCAUCUGGUGAGACAUGAGAGCCAGCCAGCUUCUUGGGGUCCCUUCUUGACUGCAGCUCAGUCCUUGUGAGCUGGAUCGGAGAGCAGUGGGGUGGAUGUAUUGUGCUGAUGUCAGCGCCUUCACUGCUGUGACCCCCAGCAGGGCUGUGGACCAAUGGGGUCCAGCAAAGAAACCAGUGAACAUACCAUACUGGCACACAGAGUACUGGUAACUCGUAUCACAAGUCUAAAAAAGUUGUCUAUAGAAAUCAGAGAAAAGCAUGAGGCCACUUUAGUCGUCCCUGACAAUGUUUAUUUCAACUUGGAACUACUGAAACUGUUCUAAGUGAAAGCAAAACUACUGACUGUUAUUUCCUAAAAAGAGGCUAAACAUACAAUAAAGUUACACAUUACGGAUGGAUUUGACUUGAUAUUGUUAUAUUUCUAGUUAUCGCUCAGAACAUAAACACUUGUUGCAGUUUAUACAAAACAUUAGGCAACAAAUAUGUCUCACUUGUUCAUACUUUCUGCUGUUCAUUUACAACUGAUCAUACAAAUCAUUGACUUAACUAGUCCGUAUUGCUGUGUGUCAAACCUACAAACCUGUCAGCAGAAGAAGAAUAGUCCAACAGAAACUAAAGAAUCGGACCGUUCUGCUGAGGCUGUGAGGACUACUUCCUCAUUCUGCAUUGACAUUCCAUGAAUGUCAGUCAGAGAGGAGUCAUUUACAGUUAAAACAGCCCACGCUGCUCUCUAUACUAAAGAACACUCCUUGGAGGUGUGUGAUGUAAACGGAAAACAUCAGUCUAAACUGAAAAGACUCCGACUUUAAGCAAAGCUGUGUUUUAGUUUGUUCUUUUGUUACUGAUCCAUGGGGAAGUUCUGUGGGACGUUGCCUCUGGCCCAAUCCCUACCAUUAGACCACUAGAGAUGGAAAAACCUUUUACUGAUUUAUUCAUGACAUGUCACAAAAGACAGUAAACCAUUUUUAGAAAUGACCUUCUCAGUUCAAAUCAGUCAAACAUAAAUACCCUCAAUUGUAAAGCAUUUUUUAUGUUAUGGUGACGUGACAUGUGGCAGCUAAGUGCUGUCCCAUUCUUAUUUACACCAUUUCAGGGACUGACAGGUGACGUCAGUUAUGUCCCUUGGGGGUCAGGGUCUCGAGUUUAGGGGGCCCACUGGGAUUGGGCCUAUGCGUCUCAUUCAUUCACACCAAAGGAAAUAAAACAUCAAUGUGAUCAACUCCCCCUCUCCUGUUUCUUUUAUUCAGAUGUGAGAACACACACACAUCAGGCGAUGAUGACGAUCUGUUAAAGCUAUCAUCAUUUUGACGAUGUAGAAAGAUAGCAUAUCUCUUUUGAUCUUACAGUGUUAGAGUUUUGUAAUAUAAAAUAUAUAAAACAAUGGUAGUGUUUUAUUUGGUUGCAGGAGAAAUAAACAGUCCAACAGUUAUUAUCACUCAGAUGUCAGGAAAAAAUGUGACCUAAAACUAAAAUUAAAACUGUUAGUUUUCCUACAAAAAUUGAUGCCAAAACUAGAAAACAUACAUAAAAUAAACUUUCUAUUAUCGUCUGCUAUUACUACCAUCCUUUUUCUCACCACUUGUAUUUGGCCUAUCCGCAGUCCUGUUAUUCUGUAUUUCAAUCCUCAAUCCUUGAUAAAGAUGAAUUGUUGGAAAAAUCAGAAGUCAAAUGAAUCAAUAAAAGAAAGAGAAAUAAAAAUAAAACAAUAAUCAAGCAAAUUUGAAUAAAUAUGCAGGCUCUCAACUCUAAGUGCAUUUGUGGAGUCGGGUUGCAGGGGCAACAGUUCCAGCAUGGGACCCCAAACUUCCCUUUCUCGCGUCACAUCCACCAGCUGCGACUGGGGGAGGAAAAAAGUGUACCCACACCAGAGUUACGGUAAAAUCUCUCCACCUUGUCCACGGGCUUCCCCCGGGGCCUCUUACAUUUUGAUGUUUGUACUUGAGAGAUGCCAAUUUUGUUUUCCACGUGUCACGGUUUUGAUCUACUUAUUUGAGUUUACUGUCGAACCCUUAAUGCAAUGAAGGUGAAUAGAAUUGUCUUGGAAGCGCACAGUUUUUCCAAGCAAAUAGUCUGUGAAACUGAUAUUUAUUGGGGAAGCAAGUUUUUUUUAAUGAAUAUCACACAUUUUUCAUAAAUAAAACCAAAAGUUUAGUAACAUUUUUAUAAUAUUUGGAUAAUAUAUAUUUGGCCUGAGAUCUGAGUCAAGUUAUCAUAAUUCAUUAUGAUAAUUGGCAGUGGAGGAAGCUGCGCCUUCUAACAGAGAAGACAUUUUGACCUGUUACAGGUGGAAAUAAUCAAAUGAAUGACGGCUUAAUUCCAAGAGGCUGCUUGAGCUUCAGUUUACUGGCACUACUCAUGCUUUCUGUUUACAUGCCAUGGUUUAGGAAACAGAAAUAGAAGACGUCUACAGUGAGAAAUCACAAUCAAUUCCAUAUUGUGUUACAACUGUUUUACCGCAUGCCGUUCUUCCGUCAUCGACAGCAAACACAUUGCCUUCAUGAAACACUUCAUACAUUUUUUCUCCAUGCACAGGCUUUUUUGCAAGGUCAGCGUUUUUUGCUGUUCGGCCAAUACUUUUUUCAAUUGUUGCUUGGCAAGUGCUAAUCACAAACCUUGAACUUUAAACUAGCUGUUAGUCUAGUUUAGUAGUCCAAGUCAAUGGAAAGAACUUCAGUGCGCUUUAGUUCACCUCGGUGAAUUCAAACACAGCACCUCUGGAUAUCCAUAUCCAUAGUAACAAGGUACUAUGAUGACAACAGAAAGUUAGUGAAGAUGGUUGUCUAAUUACGGCCUACUAUAUAAAGCUUCAAAGUGUCGCAUUCCCCUUGUCUCUUUCUGAAUAAAAAUAUUAUUAUCUCUUCUACCUGCAUAACACUAUUUUGCAGAAUAAAGUGCUUCUAAAGGUACAUUCCUUUGUCAUUGCACGGCAAACCAUGCCAGAAUUUAGAUUAUUCCAUUGGUCUCUGAUUCAGUCACUCUUUGAAACUCUUGGAAGACUAAGUGACAAAAUAAGGUCUGUUUUGAUGAGUUGUGUUCCUCUUGAGUUUGAAUAAAGUCUACUUUGAUGAUUA